UUUGAGUUUGGGUAGAUAAACAGUAGAGAGGACUGUGAUCAGUACGAGCAUAAAGUAACAAAACAGAUGCCGAUGAUGGCUACCAAGUAUGUUGCUAGGUUUUUGUCAAGCACCACCACCACUAGUGUCCUCCGCAGAACCGCCGCCUUACGCAACGGUCGGACGGCGAGGGUAGGUGGGUAUUUGGUGAAAGGGUUGUUGGAUCACGGGGCGGACGGGAAACACUGGAUAAUAUGGGUGAAGGAGCCUGAGGGUAAUCCAACUAGAGAUGAGAUUAUCAAAAAUUAUGUCAACAUUCUUGCUCGUGCUCUUGGAAGCGAGGAAGAGGCCAGAAUGAAAAUAUAUUCUGUAUCAACCAGGCAUUAUUAUGCGAUUGGAGCCCUUAUUGAUGAAGAAAUUUGUUCCAAGCUGAGAGAUAUGCCGCAGGUUCUGUCUAUCAAUGAGGACACUUACAUGGAUCUCGAGAAGAGGGAUUAUGGGGGGGAACCAUUUAUUGAUGGGCGGCCAGUACCUUAUGAUCGAAAGUAUCAUGCCGCCUAUUGGGCUAUGCAAGAAGGGAUGCUGUACUUCCCCACAAACAUGGAUGACCAUAAAGAUGCUGAGAUUCGAGCCACCAAUUCCGCGAGCCAAGACAAGGAAGCAGAUUAUAAGUUGUCCAUUCCAAGAGCUUGGUUUUCCCGCGUAAGGGUGUGGUGGAACGGUCCAAGCCCGUAAUGAUUACAGAUUACGGACAGUGUUAAGUUUCAGACAGUUAGCUGCUACUGUCUUUAUUAAACGAUAUUAUGAUGAUAAUUAAGAGUUUUAUUCGAAACAGUUGGACUGAUUAGGGUUUUCCCUGAGUGAACACCAGGUGUGUUUUGGUAUUGAACUAUAUGAAAUCCUGUUAAAUGGAUCUAGGUUGUGAUA